ACAGUUUAAUAAUGAUAAGAGCACUAUCAGUGCCGUCCCAUAUAUAUAAAUCACCACCUCAGUAGCCAAAACUUUCAGUAUCAAGGAUGAAAUUAAUCGUUGUAUUCGCUGCUAUUGUAGCAGGAGCUUUCUCUGCUGAGAAUGUUCCUUUCUCUGGAAACGGUCUUGCUGCUAUGCUCGCUAAGUACGGUGGCUUAGCGCCAAUGCGACAAGGACGUAUUAUUGGCGGAGAUGCUGUCAGUAUCAAUUCAUUCCCAUGGACGCUUUCCUUACGUCGUUUGGGAUCUCACCGUUGCGGAGCUGUAAUCAUUUCCGCAAAUAGGGCUUUGUCCGCUGCUCAUUGUACCGAUGGUAUUGACGGUAAUGGAUUCGAAGUUCGUGCUGGAUCAACUCAACAUGGCAGUGGUGGUCAACUUAUUUCAACCAGUGACGUUAUCAACCAUCCGCAAUUCAAUUCAGAAACUUUAAUCAAUGACAUCUGUGUUAUUUGGCUAAGCAGUUCUUUGAACUUGGAACCUGCUGGUGUUUCCAUUGUUGCUAUGCACACGCAAGGUGCUGGUGUAGCUGCUGGAACCACAGUUACUGUAGCUGGUUGGGGUGCCACUUGUGAAGGUUGCGAUGACGUAGCAAGCUUACGUGCCGUUAGCAAACCGGUAGUUUCCAACGCUCAGUGUAAUGCCUUCUAUGGUGGUGGCAUUGCUGCCGGUAUGCUGUGCGCUGGAUUUCCUGCUGGAGGUCGUGACGCUUGCGAUGGCGACCAAGGUGGACCUCUGACGAUGGGAAAUACAUUAGUCGGUAUUGUAUCUUGGGACCGUCUCGAAUGCGCUCGACCCAACCGUCCUGGCAUUUAUGCUCGUGUUGCUCAUUACAGAACCUGGAUCAACUCAAAUAUGUAACAUGUAUCCGUUAAAUCAAUUAUAAAUGUUUGUUGAGUA